AUGGCCCCACCUUUCUUUUCUGAUAUUUCACAAAAUAUCAAUGGUCUAUUAAAUAGAGACUACUUCCAUAAUACCCCAACUGCCUUCUCAUUAAGAACUAAUACGAAGAGCAAUGUUAAUUUUUCUGUUAAUGCUAGACAGAACGUUCGAGAUGGUCCAUUGAUCACUAAUAUGGAGGCUAGAAUGUCUGAUAAGGCUACCGGUUUAACAUACACUCAAGGUUGGUCUAACGAAAAUAAACUUAAUACAAGAAUAGAAUUUAAAGAUCUGGCUCCUGGCUUGAAGACUGAAUUAGCUUCAACUUACAUUCCUAAUGGUGCUAAAACAGCGAAAGUUAAUCUAAGUUUUGUUCAACCAUUUUUUGCAAGUAGAUGUACUUUCGAUCUUUUAAAGAAUCCUUCAUUUGUUGGUAAUCUGACUUUAUCACAUGAAGGUACUGUUGGUGGUGCAGAAUUCGGUUACGAUAUUAUAUCAGGUACUCUUUCUCGUUAUGCUGUGGCAUUAGGUUAUUCCACUAAACAAUAUACUCUUGGUGUUUUCAUUGAUGAUUCUAAAUUAACAUCCGUUUCAUUUUUUCAAAAAGUCAGCCAAGAUCUUCAAGUUGGUGCAAAAGCUACUUUAAAUCCAAAGAUUUCUUCAAAUGUAAAUAUGGAAUUAGCUACACGUUAUCUUCCUGAUGAAACUUCUCAAAUUAAAGCUAAAAUUACUGAUAUUGGUAAAUUAACUGUAUCUUAUAAACAAACAAUUAGAACGGGGAUCACCCUAGGUAUUGGUGCAUCUAUGGAUGCUUUGAAACUAAAUGAACCUGUUCAAAAGAUCGGUUGGUCCUUGAAUUUCUCUGCAUAA